GCCGCAUCGACGAGCGUCUUUGACAAGCUGCGAACCCUCUUCACGCGCGAGCCGAGCCCGCCCAAGCCAGAGGCAGUGUCGUCCAACUGGUGGUCGGCGUCGACGCAGUUUUUCCGACCCGCCAUCGCCGAGAGCAAGCCGCAGGUGACGACGCCGCUUCCACCCGUCCUUGCGCCCGAGCUGCCGAAGCUGGCGUCCUCGCAGGUCAUCUCGCGCGACCGCUUUGCGACCGACCGCCUCAGCGCAUCGCACCAUAUCUUCAUCCCGCGCAUGGAGUACACAACGGCCAGCGACGUGCCGAGCGCGAAGGCGUCGCCCCCAGUGCCGGUCGCUGCGCCGGCGGCCGAGCCGCACUUUUUAUUGCCUCGUCGUGGUACAAGGAGGCUGAUCGCAUGA